CUCUGACAUCACACGCGCAGAUGAUCCGGAUACCCCAAUCCCCCCUCCAACCUCUGAGACGCUUUAGUCUUCUUGAGACAGAAAGCCUCAAACAGCCUUCAUCAUGUCGCUCAACUGGCCGUCCAAAGACCACAAAAACGCGAAUCCGUCCGCCGGGGCCGGACAAAAGCGUCUGCGCAACGACGACGCGGGGAACAAAGUGACGGUGGUGCUCGGCGCGCAGUGGGGAGACGAGGGGAAAGGAAAAGUCGUCGACUUACUUGCUACCGAGGCUGACAUUGUUUGCAGAUGUCAGGGUGGCAACAAUGCAGGGCACACUGUGGUUGUGGACGGAAAGGAGUAUGAUUUUCACCUUCUACCCAGUGGAAUUAUUAACUCCAAAAGUGUAUCUCUGAUUGGUAAUGGAGUGGUCAUACAUCUCCCUGGAUUGUUUGAAGAAGGAGAUAAAAAUGAGAAAAAAGGUCUGAAAGGCUGGGAAAAGCGACUCAUCGUUUCAGACAGAGCCCAUCUUGUGUUUGAUUUUCAUCAAGUCGUCGAUGGCUUACAGGAGACGGAGAGACAAGCACAAGAAGGGAAAAACAUUGGAACAACCAAAAAAGGAAUUGGUCCGGCAUAUUCAAGCAAAGCAUCUCGGACUGGACUGCGUGUGUGUGACCUUCUGGGGGACUUCAAGGACUUUUCUACAAGAUUUAAGAAUCUGGUUCAUCAGUAUCAGUCCAUGUAUCCGUCCUUGACAGCUGAUGUUGAGGAGCAGCUGAAAAAACUGAAGGAAUAUGCAGAGAGAUUGCGCCCAAUGGUCAGAGAUGGGGUCUAUUACAUGUACGAAGCUCUUCACGGGCCUCCAAAGAAAAUCCUGGUUGAGGGGGCAAAUGCUGCUCUGCUUGACAUUGACUUUGGCACAUACCCUUUUGUGACAUCAUCAAACUGCACCGUGGGAGGAGCGUGCACUGGCCUCGGCAUCCCUCCCAUGAAUAUAGGUGAUGUGUAUGGUGUAUCUAAGGCCUACACCACUAGAGUGGGAAUAGGAGCCUUCCCCACAGAACAACUGAAUGCGGUUGGUGAGCUGCUGCAGACAAGGGGUCAUGAGGUUGGCGUGACUACAGGAAGGAAGCGGCGUUGUGGCUGGUUGGAUCUUGUCAUUGUCAGAUACGCUCAUAUGAUUAAUGGCUUUACAGCCAUUGCCUUGACAAAACUUGACAUUCUGGAUGUGCUGGAUGAAAUUAAAGUUGGAGUGGCGUACAAACUUAAUGGCAAAAGAAUCCCCCAUUUUCCAGCCAACAUGGAUGUUUUGCACAAAGUGGAGGUUGAGUAUGAGACUUUCCCUGGUUGGAAGACAGACACAUCUGCAGCCAGGAAGUGGAAUGACCUCCCAGCCAAAGCACAAAACUACAUUCGCUUCAUUGAAAACCAUAUUGGAGUUCCCAUCAAAUGGGUUGGUGUUGGGAAAUCAAGGGAGUGCAUGAUCCAAAUGUUCUGAAUCAGGAUACAUCUUGGCAAAAGAAAGGAUUCAACCUGUUAAAGCAGAUAAUAAAUGUCUGUUAUCAUGAAA